GCCUUCCGGAAGUUGAUUGUCCAAAAUGUUCAGUGAUCAGGUAUGAAUCCCGCCCUCGGCCGUGCAGAGGAGGGUUGGCGACUCUAGCCUCGUUGGUGGAGCUCGCUAGCACCAGAGGUUUUAAACCAAAAACAUGAAGGCGACCCGCGCCGCGCACAGUUUGCUGCGGGUCUGCGUCCUGUACUGCUUCGUGCUGCUCCUGGGCUCCGGCUGCUCCGGGCUCGUGGCCUCCCAUCACCGCGCCUUGAAGCGCAGCAGGCGGAGUCACCACGGCGCAAAGCACAAAGGCGCGCACCACCGGCCGCUGACGGACGAGCAGAAAGCGGACCAGAGCCUGCAGUUCAUGCUCAGCCUGUACCGGAGCGCUGCAGAACCGGACGGCAGGCCCAAACAGCACCGGAAGUUCGGCUCCAACACGGUGCGUCUGCUGAGACCGUCCGCGUCGUCGGUGCACUACCUGCCGGCGUCAAGAGACCACCACUACAGCUUCACCGUCCAGUACAACCUGGACACUCUUCCCUCGGAGCAGCUGAUCCGAGCCUCCUUCAUCCACCUCCGCUCUUCGUCGCCUCCGUCGGGCGCCACCCAGAGCGUCCCGCCGCCCCGCUGCCGGGCUCAGAUCACCUCGCUGGGCUCAGAGAGCCUGGUCACCCUGGAGCCCCACCAGCAGUGGACGGAGACGGACAUCACCGCACACGUCCAGCAGGGGAAGAACCGGGGCCCGGGGGGACACUUGACCCUCACCGCCCAGUACUGGUGCACCGAGCCCGGGCACGCCGACGAGGAUGGCAGCCUCCCGCGGCGGCGGCAGUGGUGGUGGUCCCGUCUCGGAGAGAGUAAAAGCCAAAGAGGCGAGUCUCAUGUGGAAGUGCCGUCUCUUCUUUUAUACCUGGAGGAGGACCAGGAGGUGAAGGAGUGGAUGGGGGACCUGCUCGGGGCCGACGGCGAGGACGUGAUGUGGCGGAUCGGGCGGUGGCGUCCCUCGGUCCACCGCCGCCGCCGCUCCAAAGACGUUUCAUCAUCAUCAGACGCUAAAGAUUCAUCUCUGGAGGUGUUAAAAAACGCCCCGACGUCCUCCUCGUCGUUCUCCACCUCCCCGUCCUCCUCCAUCAUCUCCGACAUCCCCGACUACAAACGCAAAACCGGCUCGCCAAAAAACCGCUGCAAGCUCCACUCGUUCCGCCUCUCCUUCGACGAGCUCGGCUGGGGUCACUACUUCAUCGCCCCGCCCGUCUACAACCCGCGCUUCUGCCAGGGGAACUGCCCCCGCGUGCUGCCCUACGGCCUCCACUCGCCCAACCACGCCAUCAUCCAGACGGUCAUCAACGACCUCGGCGUCGGGGACAUCCCGCCGCUGUCCUGCGUGCCCUACAAGUACAUGCCCAUGAGCGUGCUGGUGGUGCACAUGAAGAAGGUGGAGUACCGGGAGCUGGAGGACAUGGUGGCCGAGUCGUGCACGUGUCGCUAAUAGGGUUGUCACCAUAGUAACAUGUUCAACUCGAUACCGAUACUCAGGAAAAUAUUCGAUACUCGAUACCAUUUUUGAGUCUCGAUACCCUUUUAACUUAAAUGAGUAUCGUAUCCGGAUACAACGUUUUAGUAUCGAUACUUUUUUGGGUAUCGAUACUUUUGACAACCUUAGUCGCUAAGGACUUGAAUAAUAUGCUCAGAGACUUAAAAAAAAAAAAGAAGGGCGGGGCAGAUUUGAGGGGUCAUUUGUUUGAUCUAGAGCAGGGGGCGGCAACCUGCGGCAACCAGAGCCACAUUCACAAAAACAGUAUAUACAAAAUGAGACAUUUAUUUUUUUACAUUUUCAUUUUCAGUUAGUUUAGACCCAAAGCAAAAAAAACAUUUCAUUCAACAAAAAUAUGCACCAUAGCUUACAAAAGUCUACAACUCAGCGCCUUAACCUCUAAAUUUUGCCAACUUCAAGUCCAGUUUUGAGUUUCUCUAGCUCGGCUAGUUUUUGAUUCCAAAUCUCCAGAGAUAUUUCUGACAAAAUCAAAUGAAUAAAUGUUCAUUAUGACCUAUUGGUAAUGAUGGUUGGCUGAUUUUUAGCUAGCAGGCUGGUUUAUCUUCACGGUAAGGCUCAUAAUUAUAAGGUUUGUGGCUCCAUUACGAUAUUGUUUCUCUUUUUUUGUGGCUCUUUUGUUGGUAAAGGUUGCCGACCCCUGAUCUAAAGCUUGGCGGCUGGUUUCAGAUCCUCACCGUCCCUGUUAAAGCACUUUAAAGAAGGCAGCUGCUGAAUGAAAGUCUGGCCUUUGAAGAACUAUGAGUGGAUGUGUCUAUUUACUGAUUUAUUUUUCUUUCUUUCCUUUUCUGAAUACUUGUUUUGUGAGCUGUUUAAAAGCACUUAAGCUGAUUUGUGAAUGUGCUGUUUGC